AUGGACAGAGGAAAUAACUCUGCAGUGACAAAAUUCAUCCUUGAAGGGCUAACACACAGGCCAGAUCUCCAGAUUCCCCUCUUCUUGCUAUUCCUGAGCAUCUAUGUGGUCACUGUUGUAGGGAACCUGGGCAUGAUAACACUAAUUUUCAUCACUUCUCACCUCCACACUCCCAUGUACUAUUUACUCAGCAGCUUGUUUUUCAUUGAUCUCUGUCAUUCUACAGUAACCACCCCCAAAAUGUUGGUGAAUUUUGUGUCAAAGAAGAAUAUCAUCUCCUACAAUGAGUGCAUGACUCAGCUCUACUUCUUCCUCAUUUUUAUAAUUUCUGAGUGUCAUAUGUUGGCAGCCAUGGCAUAUGACCAUUAUGUUGCCAUUUGCAGGCCCCUGCUGUAUAAUGUUAUCAUGUCCAAUCAGGGCUGCAUUUGGUUGGUUGGUGGGGUGAACAUAAUGGGCUUAGUUGGUGCCACUGUUCACACAGGCUGCAUGCUUAGAGUGUUUUUCUGUGAGGACAAUGUCAUCAACCAUUACUACUAUGAUGUCAAUCCUCUCUUAGAGCUCUCUUGCUCGAGCACCUAUAUUAAUGAAGUGAUGGUUGUUUGCCUCAGUGCAUUUAAUAUCUUUACCCCAACUCUGACCAUCCUUAGCUCUUACAUCUUCAUUACUGCUAGGAUUCUCCACAUUCGCUCCACUGAAGGGAGGUCCAAGGCUUUCAGCACCUGCAACUCCCACAUGGCAGCUGUUUGUAUCUUCUUUGGCUCAGCUGCCUUCAUGUAUCUGCAGCCCUCUUCAAUCAGCUCCAUGGAACAGGGGAAAGUGUCCUCUGUGUUUUAUACAAUCCUUGUCCCCAUGUUGAACCCCCCAAUCUAUAGCCUGAGGAACAAGGAUGUCAAAGUUGCCAUGAAGAAAUUCAAGGAGAGAAGAAUGUUCUAG